AUGGAGAAGAACGCCACCGAGACGAAUACCGUAGACAAAGCUGAACCGCCGGCGGCGGCAGCCAUGAUCACUGUUGACGUCGACCCGGAGGCUCUGAAUUGUCCCAGAUGCCUCCAGCCCCUCGCACCUCCCGUGUUCCAGUGCGCGGCCGGCCAUGUCGUGUGCUCCACCUGCUACGGCAGCCUGCCGGACAAGGACAAAUGCGUGUCCUGUUUCAUCACCACAGGCUACACCCGCUGCUUCGUCCCCACGUCCUACAGCCGCUGCCUGGGCCUUGAGCGCGUCCUGGGAUCUGCCCGCGUCGCUUGCCCGAACCGCUGCUCCGUCGCCAAGAUGCUGUACCACGAGAAGGCGGAGCACCAGAAGACGUGCCUCGCUCAUGAGAUCGGGAAGAAGCGGGGAACAGCGGUGACGAAGAUGGGUCCUUGCGGAGGUGUCGGCGGCGACUUCAGGCAGACGGCCUUGUGCAACGCCAACUAUGUCAUUGUGUCGGUCGUCAUCAACCACGGGGACGCCGUGGACGCCAUUACCGUCAUGCUCGGUCGGGAGGGCGCCGGGUUGGAGGGCAGCAAAUGCGGCGGACAAGGCGGCAAGCGCUCUGAGUUCCGUCUGGAGCCGGGCGAGUACUUGGCAAGCGUGGAAGGCCACUACGGCCAGUUCAACGGCAUAGUCGUGGUAAGGUCGCUCAAGUUCGUGAGCAACGUUCGCACGUAUGGGCCGUAUGGGAAGGAGGAGGGCACCGCAUUCGCACUUUCAGCCGGCGCCAGCGGCAAGAUCGUCGGCUUUUACUUCAAAUGCGGCCGAUUCAUCGAUGCGAUCGGGACCUACGUAAAGAUGGACUAG